AUGACGAGGAUUAUUGUCCUGCACCUUUAUGAAAUCCAUGCGAAUCCCGGUGGCGGCUUCGCCGCGUCGCGGCGGAGGGCCAGCCUUUCCCGCGUCGUCCCCUUCUUCAGGGAGCCCUCCCCGGAGGGGGGGCAACCCCGCGAGGUGUUCAGUUUUGUAUUUUGCCCAAAUCUGAUGAUUUUGUCCGUGCCUUUAGAGACGUUGCUGGAUGACUUCAUGUUGACUCAUCCCAUCUUCCUGACGGCCGACGCCUUCCAGCAAGUUCUACUGCAGCAAUUCUGUCUGCCUGCCGGGGAGGGGCCGGGAGCGGAGGGGGAGGAGCCGGGAGAGGGCGGUGGGGGUCAGCCGUACGGGGUUGCGGAGCUGGCGCCGGAUGGCGUCAGCAGGAAGCGGGCUGUGCUUAGCGUAGCGUUUCGCUACCUGGACACGUACCGAGAACUCCUGCAGGAGGAGGGAGACAAAUUCCCCAAGGAGUUGUACGUGUGUGCGCUUCAGGAGCUGAGUCGACAUCCUGACCUGGUCGACGACGUCGUCAAACUGGAACGCUGGACGCAAAUCUUAAAUUGCUCAUGCAGCGAGGAGAAGGAAAGCCGCAGGAAGCAGGUGCGACCGCUCUUCCGCCAUUUCCGGCGAAUCGACGCCUGCCUGCAGCCCAGGGAGGCGUUCAGGGGCUCGGACGAAAUUUUCUGCAGGGUUUACACUCCCGACCACUCGUACGUGACCAUCCGCAGCCGGCUGUCGUGCCGCGUGGACGACAUCCUGGCGUUGGUGCGAGAGAAACUGCAGUACAGCGACGAGCGGCCGCUCCUUCCCAGCAAACUCAUCCUGGUCGCCGUCACGUCGGCCGGAGAGAAGGCGGUGUUCCGGCCAAGCGAUGAAGCCGUUUUCACCACGCUGGGGGUCAACACGCAUUUGUUCACCUGCCAACCUUCCGAGCUCGACUCCCUGCUCCCUCUUCCGGAGGAGAUCCACUGGACGCCCGGAGACAGCAAACUUCACGACAUGUCGGCCGAGGAAGUGGCCAACCAGCUGGUGGCUUUUGAUUGGGAGCUCUUCAGCUGCGUGCACGAGGUGGAAUUUGUGUGUUAUGUGUUCCACGGCGAACAGUCCCGCUGGCGCCCCCUCAACCUGGAGCUGGUACUGCAGCGCUGCAGCGAGGUGCAGCACUGGGUCGCCACGGAGACGCUGCAAUGCCACUCGCUGCCCAAACGCGUUCAGCUGCUCAGAAAGUUCAUCAAGAUUGCCGCGCUCUGCAAACAACAGCAGGACCUUCUGUCCUUUCUGGCCGUGCUCCUGGGCUUGGACAACCCGGCGCUCAGCAGAUUGAGACUCACCUGGGAGGGUCUUCCUGGAAAAUUCCGGAAACAGUUUCAACAGUUUGAAAGCAUCACUGAUCCUUCCCGAAACCACAAGUCGUACAGAGACCUGAUCACCAGUCUCAUGCCGCCGCUCAUCCCCUUCACGCCUCUACUGCUCAAAGAUUUGACUUUUCUUCACGAGAGUUGUAAAACCUUUCACGGCCAACUUGUCAACUUUGACAAAAUGCACAAAGUGGCUGACAUGGUGCGAAGCAUCCGCAGAUACCGCAGUGGACAACUGGUCAUGGAUACAGAGACGUCGCCGUCCCAUUUGCAGACGAAAGCGUACGUGAGGCAGCUGCACGUCAUCGACAACCAGAACCUGCUCUUCGACUUGUCCUGCAAACUGGAGCCCAGAGACGGGUAGACGCUACUUCCCCCACCACAAACACGUGAAGGGGACACGCCAAGAGGACACGUUAGGCACCACGCAAAGACAAAGACGACGCAUGGGAAGACGUGGAGACUGGCCCCACCUCCUCAACCCUCAUUUUCUUACUCUCCAGCCAAUCGGAAUAAGCUUGGCUGCCAUCUUGCCUCCUUCCUGUCAACAGGGAAAGGUGCAUUUUGGCCCUGCCCACAAACAGCGAACAACACUCUUGGCUUCCUUUCUUCACCUCCUUGCCGUAUUUCCUUCCUCACUUCUUUUCUAUACUUCCUGCUCCUUUUCAAUUCCUUCCCCUCACUUCAUUUACAUCCGUCGCUUCCUUUACUUCCCUUCCUUACUUCCUUCUUCACUUCCUUUCCUCAAAUCUUGACUUCCUUUUCUUUCCUUAGAUGCUUUCUUCACUUCCUAAGCUCACUUCUGCUUUUCAGGUUCUUUCCUCUCUCCUCACGUCCUGAUUUCACUUCAAUUCCUUUCCUUACUUGCCUUCCUCUCUUCCUUCCCUCGUUUCCUUUCCCUGGCUUCCGUGUGACGUGAGCGGACGCCUCCACCCAGGAAAAAAAGUUUCGGCUAUUUUCUGGUGAAGCACUUUGAUGACCCUCAGGGCUGCGAGGUUUUGUUUACUACUUCUUCUAUUGUCGUGCAAUGACCUCAUCAUUAUUAUGAUUCUUACUAUUGUUGUUAUUAUUAUUAUUGGUAUUGUUUUUGUUUGUUUUUUUAGUUGUUGUGCACAACAAUAUUUUUGACAAGCAAAAUCUGGUUUGGCUGACUGACAUGUUAAGCAGAAGCAAUGUGUUUUGAGUCCCAAAGCGAGGUUUAAGCUGGACAAUUUAUUUUUAUUUUUAUUUUUUUGAAGGACUGGCAACAUACAAAGGCUCCGACUUCCAGGACUGGCGAGUUGUCCUCCGGACGCGUUUAUUAGCAACGUGACAAGAUUUCCCCCAAAAUGACAGUCGGUCAAAAUGCUGAGUCCGUCCGCUUCGAUGGGCCACAUCAAGACAGUUCCUAAAAUGUCCACUAGAAGUGGCAACAUGAGAAGAGUUACCCAAAAAUGAGAAAAAAUGCCAUAUCAACAAAAAUAACAUGACACCUUACUGAGAAAGGGAGUUUUUCUUUUGUUGAGGGGUGGUGGUGGGGAUUUUUGGGGGAAUGUUUUUCGAGUUGAUCAGCUGUGUGUCAAACUUAAUUAAGUUGAGGGGCCACGUUCACCCCGAUUUGAUCUCAAGUUAGUCCUGCAGACCAGCAUUUGUCAACUAAUAAGCUAGAAAUUAUGUCUCUUUUGUUGUUAUCCGUUUGCAAAUCGUAUCAGCAAUCGUGCAUUUCUUCAGAAAAACGCAAACAAUAUUUUCAAUAAGUGUUUUCAGUUACACCGGCAAUUUAAGAUCAAAAUGGAUCUAGGUACUGGAUGGACUAUUUAUUAAGUCUCUUACGAUGUAAAUCAUCUCAAAUGUCUGCAGCCAUCUGGAAAUGUUAUCCCCGAGAUGAAGACCACUUGUCACGUUGCUACUUUUAUCACUCAGGCGGGGACGUUUGUGUAAAUAGCUGCAGUGUAAAUAGACGCAGAAUCUAUUUUACGGUAAAAAGCUUCCGGCUUGUUUUCGUUUUGCCGCUGGCUUUGUGUCGAUUCGACAUAGCGGCAGGGAGCUAGCUAGCCGCGUUAAGAGCGAGGGCGGCCAUCUUGUUUCAAGACCACAGCGGGCUAGCUCACAAAGCUAGUCUGCUAGCGAAGGGCGUCAGAACGUUGACGCUUGAAUUUGAAAGUGGGAUAUUUUUCAAACUGGAUUCUUUGUAAUGUGACUUUUCUGCACUUAAAAAUCUUGUCAUGUUCCCUCCUGCAGCUGCAAAAAUAAAAGCUGACGUGCGACCGUUAA